UUAUAUAAAUUUGGUACUUUCAAAUUUGUUUAUCAGUACAAUCAAGUCUUAAACAUAUUUCCAGUAUGGUUUAUUUGUUACACUGUUGUUCAGCAAAAUACACCUGAAACAUACAUUUCGCCCCUUAAUCACACACAUGCUCAAUGUCAGCAGUUCAUCGGUUCUCAGUAUGUCGGACACCUCCGAAAGAGGCGAUUCUCAGUGUCAGUGUACUGUUGACUCGAGAAUAGCUGUCCUGGGAUCAGUGUGCUGCAUGUUGACCCGAGAACUUCUGCGAACGACUCAUUGUACUGUUGACUCGAGAGCUGUUGCGACCCGAGCGUUCAGUCCGACUUGUGAACUAGUUGAAGCGGUUAAUUGCAAAGAAGAAUUGGCAAAAGCAGACAUCACCAGUUCUAGGAUCAUAUUGCUCCCUGUUAUCGGUCUCAUUUCCAUUAGGAGUGUCAAGCACAUCCGAGAGACAGGUUAAGAUAGAGUAACUUGUGGAUCAGUGUUGACUCGAGACGCGAACUGUUUCAAAAGAUUCAGUCCGAUUUGGUGAACUAGUUCAAAUCGUUCACUAAAAAGAACCGGUUCUAAAGAACGAUUCGUUCACGAGGUGGGCAUCACUAAUCGCUAUGUUUCCCCUUUGUCGAAGUCUGUUCCCCCCUAUGUGUAAUGUUUUUACGGGGAACACUAACCGGAGAAACAUAGGGGAAACAGACUUCGACCCAACAUCGGCUCUGCGGAUGUAACUGCCCCCACCCCCGUGCAGCGGAAGUGACCGUGCAUAGACGCCAUUACCUAAAUCAAGCGUUCCUAAGUCAACUGUGGUGUCGUGUUUGGACUUGCGACUUUUGAUAGCGCUGUCUGACAGGGCAAAAUCCAAACUGUUGUCUGUGACUGGUGCCACAGCAAUACGGUCGGUGAGUUUGUUUCUCAGACUAGCAACACAGGUUUUAGAGGCGUGUGUUCAACAUAGCGAAUAUAGUCCAUCUCAGAUGCCCUGCUACACACCACAGGAAGCAUAAGAGCUAUGGCAGAGAUAAAAGUCGACAGUGACAGAAACAAGGAUGCUCUUUUAACAACCGUUCAGAGUGCAGAAGGCAGUUCAGACGAGGAAAUGCAUGAACAUGACUCCUCCCUUACAGUUAAUGAGAGGACUCAAGAGCCUAUUGACACCCCUCUAAAAAAUUGCCCGCAUGGGGAUGCCCCUCACUCUCACACAAACACAAGAACAGUGGAUGAUGGAGAGAAGGACAGUGAACAGGGAGAGAAAAAAGAAGAUGCAAAUACAGACUCUACAGCGAUUGGGCCAUCUGGUGAUUCUUUGUCAAGUAAAGAAAAAAAAAGAGAGGAUGAUACAGGAUUAACAAAGACAGGCUUGACAAUGGCCGACCCAACUGGUGAUUUCUUGUCAAGUAGCAAAAGUAAAAGAGAGCACGAAACAAAUCAAGAUAUUAAAGAGACCCCUCCAGACAUUAAACAGCAUGGGGACGGCUCUCUUUCUGAGCCAAACUCAAAUAAUGAAGUGGGCAGAAAGACUGAAAAUGAACAUGAGAAGAAAAAACAAGACACAGAGAAGACUGAAGAGAGUCCAGAUAGACUGCCAGAUUCCAAGCAGCACAGUGACAUCCUUCCCUCUGAGCCAACCACUGGAACAGAAGAAGACAAAAAGAAGAACAGUGAACACAGAGAGAGUAAAGAAGAUACAGGAUUAACAAAGACAGGCUUGACAAUGGCCGACCCAACUGGUGAUUUCUUGUCAAGUAGCAAAAGUAAAAGAGAGCACGAAACAAAUCAAGAUAUUAAAGAGACCCCUCCAGACAUUAAACAGCAUGGGGACGGCUCUCUUUCUGAGCCAAACUCAAAUACAGAAGUGGGCGGAAAGACAAAAAAACAAGACACAGAGAAGACUGAAGAGAGUCCAGAUAGACUGCCAGAUUCCAAGCAGCACAGUGACAUCCUUCCCUCUGAGCCAACCACUGGAACAGAAGAAGACAAAAAGAAGAACAGUGAACACAGAGAGAGUAAAGAAGAGCCACUAAAGGAUACUGCCGCCUCUGGACUUCAAGAAAAACAAACACAGAGAACUGUCCCAAAGAAUGACAAACCCUUAUGGAUCUAUGCUACCUUUGGGGCCCUUCUGCUAUCUGUAGUUUGUGCUGUGUUACAUCAGUACAAUCUUGAUUUAACUCCACCUGUACAAAAAGAGUUUGAUGUGGUGGAUGUGUUCAAUAAGGAGAUGGAAAAAGUCAAGUCUAGCUUUCCAAAUCAGCGCUCAGAGCUCUGGAGAAGGAGUCUUAUUCAUCUCAGACGCCAUCUAAAGUCUGCCCACCACACUGAGCCUGUCAGCCUGAUUUUAACAUCUGGUUAUGGGGCUGAAAGGACACUUGGGUGCCUAGCUCAACGCUUGGCUAAAGCAUUUUCCACUGCCCUUAACUCUUCAUACCAGGAAAUUAAUGGAAAAGGCACAGCGUCACAAGACAGUGAUCAGGUCAAGCUGGAAGUUGAUAGUGAACUGAGAGAAGCCUUUGAGAAAAACAAGAAAGCUGCGGUUAUCCACCGCUUUGAGGAGUUUCCUCCUGGAUCCACUCUCAUCUUUUACCGUUAUUGUGACCAUGAAAAUGCAGCAUAUAAAAAUGUCUUCCUGGCCUUUACUGUUAUGCUUGAUGCAGAACUGGAAGUCCUAGCCGAUGCCUGCCUAGGAAAAGUGGAGGACAUGGUACAUGAGCAAAUAAAACAGAGGUUUAUCUCCUCGGACAAGUCAGCUCUGUUUAAUCAAAUGGAUGUAGACAAACUGAGUGGGCUCUGGAGCAGAAUCUCUCACCUUAUUUUGCCAGUGGCUGCAGAAGAGAAAAUUGAACAGCAGGGCUGUGCUGAGAGGCUCAAGGGUGAAUCGUUAUGAAAGUAGUUUAAGGACAGUGAGACUUUCUGCGCAAGUUAUUACUUGGAAAUAUUAAGCGCUUGCUUUGCCUCUCAAAUGAGGGCUCUGUACUUUAAAUUAAUAUGAAUAUAGGUGAGUAUCCAGGUGUGUUACUGUACGAAUAAUGGGCCUUGCAGUUUUGCGCUCAAAACAUCCUCCUGUCACAAUUUUUAAUCAGGACAUGUACCUUUUCUUAUAUGAAUCUGAGCACUUUAAAAAAAAAAAUUUAAUUUAAAUGUGAUUGUCAUUAUUAAUCUUGAAUAAAAAUCGUUCUUAAUGUAUUCAUUUUGUUUGUCAGGGAUUAUUACAUGGUAAACAUGUAGGCGAUCCAUGGUGUACUUUUCUACAUUAUAGCUUUAAUAGAGAAAAAAGGUGCCUUAAUAAAUACAUCUGCUCUA